AUGUCAUCUAAAUCAAAAGGUGAUUCUUCUAACCAAAGUUCAACUUCAGAACAAACACAAUUAUAUCGUUCAAAAUUAGAACGAGUUGUAUUAAACACUUCAGAAAGUUUGGAAACUUGGAAAAGUUUUGAACGAGAUUAUAAAUCUUUAAAAGACACUUUAGAAGAAAUAAAUCAUGAAACCGAGCAUAAAAUUAUGGUCCCAAUUGGUAAUAAAGCGUUCAUGCCAGGGAAAUUAAUUCAUACUAACGAAAUUUUGGCAAUGCUUGGUGACAAUUGGUUUGUAGAAAGGUCGACAAGUCAGGCCGUUGGAAUCGUCGAUAGAAGGAUGGAGAUGGUGAGAAAAACUAUUGAUGAUUUGGAAAUACAACUUGAAAAUCAACGAACAAAAAUUGGGCUGACCUCCAACAUAUUGGGACUUGCAAAUUCACAAGAAGCAAAGCUUAAUGAAGAAGGAUUGCCAUUUGUUGAUAUUGUUGAAGAAUAUCAAUCUGAUGAAGAAAAGAAAGAGUCGUUUGCUCAAACUCAAGUUCAAAGGGAAAAAGCAGACGUUAAAGAAAGUGAAGAUAGAUUGGGAUAUUUAGACGAGUUUAUUAAAGAGGAGGAGGAGGAACAAACUACGGAACCUACAAAAGUACAUACAAUUCGAUCGCCAGCUGAUAUUUACGCGCAUAUGUUAACGAAGGCAAAAGAAAGUGAGAAACUAGAAGAUGAUGUAUAUGUGGAAAAAAUUACUCCGGAAGAUAUAGAUCUUAUUUCGUCUUCAAAUAAGCCUGAACAAAAAAGAUCUACGUCAUUGUUUAAGUCAGGAAGGCGAUCCAAUUUAUUGCAUAUUCCAAAAGAAUCGCGUAAGCCUUCAUUUUCUUCUGUUCCGGUUGGAAGUGUAAAAGAGAAUAUUACAACAAAAAGUCCAGUCAAAGCGGUUGUUGUGGAAAAAGAUGUUCGUCCUGAAGAUGUUGAUGUGGAAGCUUUGGAAAAUGAGCUUUGGAUGAAAGAGAUCGCUUCAGCAUAUCAUCAAAAACGAAUGCAGUUUAUAGCACAAGAAGGUGGAUUCACUUCCGCGUUUGAACCAAAACAUAAUGAAGACAAUGUUGAAGAUGUUGAGGAUUCAGCUGAUGAUAGUAAAUCGGGUUCACAACCUAUAAUUGAGGAGAGACCUAAAAGGAUUUCUAGAUUUAAAGCUGCUAGAUUACAGGGGAAACUUGAACAUUAA